AUGGCCGAUAAGGAGGAAAAUCUUGAUUUGCCGCGCAUGCUAUGCCUCCACGGUGGCGGUACAAAUGCGCGCAUCUUCAAAGCCCAAUGUCGUGUUAUUGAGCGCGCAUUAAAGCAGCAGUUUCGGUUCGUCUAUCCCGAAGCCCCGUACGAAUGCCAGCCUGGUCCGGACGUUGUCUCUGUGUAUGCAGAAUAUGGCCCCUUUAAACGCUGGCUGCGUUGGCUACCAGAGCACACUGAAAGAGACAAUGAAACUACCGUCAAUGACAUUAUGGGGAAUAUCAAGGCCGCCAUGGAUGAAGAUGACCGCAAAGGUGCUACCGGGCCCUUUGUGGCAAUGCUGGGUUUCAGUCAGGGCGCAAAGCUCGCCGCAAGCCUUCUUUUCAAGCACCAAAAGCGUAUCGAAAAGCUUGGCGUGGAUAAGACUGGGCCGGCAUGGAAAUUCGCGGUUCUUAUGGCAGGGCGCGCUCCGCUGGUUUCAUUUGAUCCCGAAAUAUUCACAUCGACUAUGCUACAUGAACCAUCACAGAUAGCACUUGGUGGACAGCCGGAUCUUAUGGACGCCGCAAGCGAAGACCACAUUCUGCGGUUACCCACAAUCCAUGUGCAUGGAUUAUAUGAUCCCAACAUUAAUCUUCAUCGAGACUUGUUGGAGAAUUAUUGCGACGGAGAUACAGUGAGGGUUUUGGAAUGGGAUGGAGGUCAUAGAGUCCCGCUAAAAACAACAGACAUUACUCCGCUGGUUGAGUAUAUCUUGGAGAUUGCCGAGGAAACCGGUGCUCUGUCUUGA